AACUCCUACAGACUAAAGAUAUAGUGAAGAGAUUAUUUGAAUGGUGGUAUUUUCAGCAGACAUUACAAAUUGUGCUUCAUUCUGUGAACAGUGAUAUGAUUACGGAAUAUAGUUAAAAAGAAACAUGUUUUCUCAGGACUUGAUUGAUAUAAAGCAAGAACCACCAGAUGAGGUGGAUGAGGACUUGGCAUCCAUCUUGAACAGUGACAUACAGUUGACAGAGGUUAGUCCCGGACGUAAUGGUGUUGCCAGCUUAAAUGCAUCAGAAGUUACAGAUUUGCUUUCAGAUGAAAAGGAGACAGUCAAUGACAAGAAUGCAAAUGGCAAAAGUGUCAAAGCUAAUCUGAGAUGCAAGUUUUCCUUCUGCAGUUUUCGUGCAAGGAAAAUUUCGGUGUUAGAACGACAUGAAGCUAAACACAGCAUCCCAGGGAGUUACUAUGAAUGUAAAUACUGCAAAUUCAUGACUCCAGUCCACCAAAAGUUACAGGAACAUGAAGCAAAGCACACAAAUACUAAACCAUUCAAAUGCAGAAAGUGUUCCUAUCGCAGUAGAUACAGAGCCGACAUUUACCAUCACAGUGCAAAACAUUUAAAAGAAAAGAAAUUCAAAUGUCCAAAUGAAGGAUGCAACUUUGUGACAAAAUGGCGAAGGAAUAUCCACCACCAUAUUCUGACCCACACAGAUCACCGGCCUCAUGAAUGUAACAUCUGUGAUUACAAGUUCAAACGACUCCAGGAUCUAAAGUACCACCUAUACCGUCACAAUGACGAGAAGCCAAUUACCUGCGACCAGUGUGAUUUCCGAUGUAAGACGAAUUACGAGCUUGGCUGCCACAAGCUCAAACAUUCCUCAGUGCGCAACUACGCCUGUACGUUCCCGGGAUGUCAACAGAGAACCAAGACAAAAUCAGAUCUGACCAAACAUAUGAAAACUCACAGCAAAGCUCAGGAUUACCUGUGUCCAGUGUGUGGGAAAGGUUUCCACAUGCGCAACAGUUUAACAAGACACAUGGAGCGCCAUCAGGAUGCGAGGAAUUACAAAUGCGGUUUGUGCACGAAGGCCUUCAAAACGAAAGCCACACUGCGGACACACAUGCAGGUCCACAGCGGAGUGAAACCCUGGACUUGUGACAUCUGUUCAAGAGAUUUCCUUAACAAGUGGAAUAUGAUGAAACACAAGGAGACUCAUGGCGAAAAUCGUCCAUUCAAAUGCCCCAUCUGUCCGUAUGGAGCAAGAGUUGGAGAGCAUCUGCUGGCUCACAUCGGAACCAUGCAUGGCAAGAACUUUGCUUAUUACUGCGAGAUUUGCAAGAAGCCCUGGAAGAGGUUUAGCCAGCUUCAGAUUCACAUGAAGCGCAUGCACAAAGGAGCUCUGCGGUCCAGUUUUGGUAACAGCAUGAAGAUGGAUAUUAAACUGGAACCAGGUGAGGAUGGUGAUAUAGAAACAGGUUGUGACUUGAUCAGUGUUAAAAAGAUUGAUCCAACAAACAUGGAACAGUUUAAACGCAAGCGUGGAAGGCCACCCAAAAUUAAAAAGGAACCUGUAGACAUUGAUGAUGUAAGAAUAGCCGAGGGUGAAGGUCACAGUUGUGGGGAUCCUGUCGCAGAUGUAGUUGAAGCCAUUGUAUCUCAUCAGAAAGAACCAAAGUGCACUUCUUAUGAUUCACUGCCAGUUCAGGUCAAACAUGAAGUGCCAUCAGAGGUUGGUCCAGCUAAGAUAGUUUGUUUUGGGGAAUUCAGGUUGCCAUUGGCAACAAAAGGUUUUCCUUUUAAUUAUGACAAAAAUGGGAAGAAACCAAACUCUUGGUUUAUGAAUCCUGAAAACAUGCAAGGAAAGGCAGCGGAUAAGCAGCAGGCAUAUCUGGAGAAGAAAGAACGUGAUUUUGAGAGACGCUAUGGCCGGAAAUUGGGUUGGCGUAGAUUUAGGUUACGGAAGAAGCCCAGACCAGGAGUUUCCUUCACCAGUGUUUCAAAUAAAGAAGAACAGGAUGACAUUGAUUCAAAAUGCUCACAAACUAAAAUGGAGGGAAAAGUUGAAAGUAACAGCGACAGUGGAAAACAAGAGAAAAAGCAGAUAAUGCAAAAACACAAACAAGAUCCAAUGGAAUUGCUUAUAGAAGGUAGAAAGAAACUGAUCCUGAUGCGAAAAAUUAAAAGGCGACAAAAACGUUGGAAGCAGCGCAUGGCAGAGAUAAUGCCAAGUGAUGACGAAUUUAGCGAUGAAGAAUUUACAAAACCUAAGGUUCCAGUUCCUUCAGAGUAUCUUGUCAGUCAGAUUACACAAGAUGGAUACCAAGAGACAUCAAUCAAACAAAACCAGUGUAGUUCUACAGCAGAUGGAUACCAAGAGACAUCAGUCAAACAAGACCAAGAUAGUUCUGACCAAGAAGAUGACAUUCCAUUAAGUAAGCUGAAAACCUCUGAUGAUCUAGAUGAUCUUCCACUGAGCAUGCUCAGAACUAAAUCACCUAAGAUUAUCACUACAACCAAAGGAAAUCUUAAGAGAUGGUAUCAGAAACGACAAGCCAUGAUGACACCUUCAUGUUUAACUAAAGGUUAUCUAUCAAAUCUGCCACCAAAACAAGAAAGAAAACAACAUAAGAGACAGUUGGAAAAUGGUGUCAGAAAUGAAACCAUAAAGACUAAGAAAAGAAAGAGUUGUCAGGAGACCACUGCAGCUAUGGAAACCAAUUUCUAUACUGGAAGUGUUCGAAUACUGGGUAAAACUCUGAUUGCAGAAUCAGAAAAUAAUGGAAGUAUCAUAGAGAUGACUGGAGAUUUGGAUACUGAUUACAAGAGUACCAUCAGCUCUUCUCCAGCAAAAUCUGAUCUGUCAAGAAAUGACAGUCCUUUAAAACUGAAAGGAAAAAAGAUUGAAAACAUUGUAGCAAAGUUGAAAGCAAAGAAAUUUGGUUCUGACAAAAUCGGAAAUGCAAUAGAAGUGAACUUGCAUGGAAAGGUAAAGAAAAAGGUAGGCAGACCGAAAGGUUCUAGAAACAAAAUAAAAGUGAAUGAUGAAACUAAAAGUGAAGCUCAUACAUCAGUAAGUCAUGAAAUAUAUUCUACAAAAGCUGGGGUUCUGGAACAAAGCAUUUCUCUUUUGAUAAAGGCAAGAAAGGGAAGACCAAAAGGAUCAAAGAAUAAAGUAAAAAGUGCCCACGUAAAACCUCUAGGUGAUAAUAACUCUACAGCUGUAACCUUAGAGCAGUGUGAUACAUUGAAACUUAUGGUACAAAAUACUCACACUGAUACAACAAAUGUAAAACCUACCUUUACAUUAGAUACAUCUGUAAUCUCGGUAACACCAGAAUCGAAAAAUGAUAAAAACAAAGGAAAUGGUAUCAAUUCUUGUACCAAGAUGGAAGUAGACAGUGUUGACCAUAACACAUGUGUCAAUAAGAUUAAAAAGGUAGGAAGGCCGAAAGGUUCAAAAACUGGAGUAAAUAAAAACAGAUGGUUAAAGAAAAGCAAGUCUCGUGUUGGUUUGCUGAAAAAAAGUAAACAACUUGAUCCAAAAAUUAAGACUACAGGUGCCAUUAUGACAUUGCAGAGUGGAAAGGUUUAUGAAUUAAAACCUGGCAAUAUAUGGAGUUUAACUGAAAAAGUUAGUAACACACAAGUGGAGUGUACGAAAUCUACACAGACUUUGGUACACGAGGGACAUACUAAAACUCGGCAGUCUAAAACUAUUGAUCCUUCAGAAACCAAAAAAUCAGCAAAUUUCUUAUCUGGAAAAUGUAAAGCUGCCAUCAGUGUUCAGUUAAAAAACAAAUUACUUGAUAAAAUUGCCAAACAGAAGACUAAAACAAGAGUGUCAUUGGAAGCUUCAGAUCUUGUUCUUGGUGUUGUAGACACCAGUCACAGUGUGGUGAAUCUUACACGAAAGAGGAAAGUUGGAAGACCCAAAGGUUCCAAAAACAAGGUAGGAAAUAAAGUUUUGAUUUCAAAUCUUGACAGUAAGACAGUGAAGAAAGUAAAAAGUAAGAAACAAACUGAAUCCAACACAAGAAAUGAUUCUAAAAAGACCAAAUUGAAAAGGUUGAAGGAUGAAUCCAAUGCCACAAACAAACAAGCAAAAAAAAAGACUAAAACUUGUUCCAACCAGAAAAAACUAACCAAUCUAAAGGUGACAAAAAUGAAACAGAAAUACAAACAGCAGUUGAAAAAUAAGGAAAAGGGGAUUAACAAAAUAGUUAAAGUUAAAGGGAACAAGAAGGUCAAGAAAUGUUUAAAAAUGAAAGGCACUAAAGGUAACAAAAAUGCUUCACAAAUAUCGAAAAGAAAAAAGUUAGUUUGUGCAAUUGGUUCAGUAACAGCAAAAAAUAAGACUGUGAAGCAGAAGUCUAACCCACAGGUCUGGUACAUAGACAUUGAACGAGAAAGCGCUGAUGAAAUUACAACAAACGUACCAAUUGUUCAGUCUGAACUGGCAAGUAAUAUCUUUGUGCAGACAAUUACUGAUGUAAAUCUGAAAGUUGAAAAGCCAUUGCUUUCAAACCCCAUGACAACACAGGAUCACAUUCCUAAUAUUUCUGUCAAAUCAGAACCACCAGAAAAUGUAAUAAAAACUGAACCUGUUCUGCCCGAGUUUUCACCACGUGUGUCAUAUACUGUGACAAAAGAAGAAGCUGAAGAUAUUUCCAUUUACAGAGAGCAUGCUCAAGCGUGGGGAGUGGGAAAUGAAGGGUCUCAUUCUUACACUGACACUGAUGAUUCGACUAUAACUGACUUGAUUACUCCACAUGGAUUGGAAGAUCAGGAACAGAAACAGUUUCAGUCUAAAGCUAUUCAUACACAAGGUGCAGAAGGCCAAGAAACUGAAAAUGGAUGUGCCUUUGUAAAGGAUGUUGUUAGUUUGCCAGUAUCAAAGAAAUGUGAUGUUGAAAUGUUGGAGAGAAGCUACCAGGAAGCAGAUAUUAGUACUCAUCUUGUCAACACCAGUGAUCUUGUCAAAGCUUUCCCAGAUGUCCAGGAGCCGAACUUAAGCAGAGAAUGUCUUGUACCGAGUGAAAUAGCAGAUGCUAGUAAUAGUAAUCCACUUAUCAAUCAGUCAAAUUGUAACAAUGCAAAUAAUAACAAUGAUCAUUUUGUUACUUCACUAAAUCCUGGUGUAGAAAAUAAUGGUAUUAUAUUUGUCCAUUCAGACUCUGAAAUGGCAAAUGUGGGAAAUAGUGGUCCAGUUCAGAGUUUUCUGAAUUUUAAUAUGGAAAAUGAUCGUCGUAUCUCUAGUUCUACAGAAUCUCACAUGAAAAAUAAUGAUCUUGUCCCAAGUAAUUUAAAUUCAGAAACUCUUGUCUCAAGUGAUUCAACUGAAAACAAUAGUGCUUUAGACUUUAGCCAACCAGCUUCUCAUGUGGAAUUUGAGGGUCUUACCUCAAGUCAUGUGAAUCUUGAAUUGGUUAAUAUGGAAAAUGACAGUCUUGUUGCGAGUCUCGCCAACUCUCAAAUUCAAACUAAUGAACUUCUUUCCAAUAAUCCUAUGUCUGAUGAUGAUGUAACUCAGAUUAGGCAUGACUUGCCUCUGUCUGAUUGUAAUAAAACAGAUGAACCAAAUGAUGACAUCAUAAUUACCAAGAGAGAUUGUGAGAUGGGAGUUGUAGUGUUUAGUGACCUUCAUGCGACUGGUUCAGAUGGCAAAGAUGACCUACCAAAUGACAAUCAUAUUAUGGCUCAACUAUAUUCUCAAGUGGAAGAUCAAGACCAUGCUUUUUUAACAGCAGCUUCAGACAACACUGAUGAAAAUGUCAGUGAUCCAUUCCAUAAUGAUACCAUAGCUUGUUCAACCUUUGAAAUGGAUGAUGAAAUACACAGUGAAGAUAAAAUGCACGUUGUAAAGUCCCCACUUCAUCAUGCUAACCCUGAUCUGUCGUAUAAAGUCGUACUGGCAGAUUCAGAGGAAGAACAUUUUGUAAGUGACAUAGAAAUGUUUAAACCAAGUAUUAAGACUGAAAUAGGAUGUUUGCCAAUUGACUGUGCUAGAAGGGAGAAUUUAAAAUCUACGAGUAGUGAAAAUUUUAAUGUGAGUGGUUGACCCUGGGAUUCAGAAAGAUUUUGACUGUAUAAUAAGGAUAUGACAAGGAAAGGAUGAAAAUGCCAGAAAGGAUGAAAUGUUUGAAAUUGUUCUAGCAGAGAUGGAUACAACACACUGAGAUUCUAGUCAAAAUGACUGUGGAUAUUCAUUCUAUGUAAUACUAAUACCAGAAGAGAUGAAAUUGUACUAGUACUAUAGAAGACGUAUAGCAUAGAAACAUUUAGUCAUAAGUCUUGUAAUAAGAAUGUAGGUAAUUAAGCAGCUAUAGUCCCAGAAAGGAUGAAAUAUGUGUAUAUAUCAUACUGUAUUAAUAAUGACCAACACAAUACGAGAAACUACUAGUCAAAAGGAAUCUUCUAUCUUUUGUGUGCCAAAUGGAUUUGAUAUGAUGCCGGAACAACAACAUAGUUUUGAUCACACUAAAUCCCUGUAUUAAGUUAAAACGUUUGUAUAUCAGACAUUUUUUUUAUCAACAUGUUCUUAGUACACGUACAAAUAUAAACCAUUAUUUAUUUUUAAGCUGCAUUAAAUACAACAGUAAUUUUGUGUAUUUGUAAUAAUAAUACAUUUUGAAGCAUAAUAAGUACCAAUCUUUCCAUUCAAUAUAACAGGCCUGUAGGAACAGUAUAUGGAUUGGGGUGGGGUGGGGCACAAUCUCUAGUGCACAAGCCACAUUUUAGUAUAUACAUUUAUAUAUAUUAGGACAAAAAAAACCUUUUUGUCCUUAAGUGAGGGUACAGGCCCUUCAGUCUCCCCCCUCUCCCAGUUCCUAAGGCCAUAUGUAAUCCAUAAUGUGUUCUAGUCCAAGUGAUCUUGUUAGCAACAUGUUAAUUUUUACAAUUUCAUUUUAAUACAAAUGUCAUUGUAUGAAAAAAUCUGUGCUUCAAAUGCUGUAAAAUAUUCUAUGCUAAAGUUAAAGAUUCUGCUUUAAACCAUUGUAAGGAUAUUUUAACAGAAGAUGUUUUAUUUAAUGACGCACUCAACACAUUUUAUUUACGGUUAUAUGGUGUAGGAAAUAUUUUAACAGAGUAACAUUUAAUAUGAAGAAUUUAUGCAGGGUAGAUUUUUUUUUCUCAUUUCCCAAGAAGAAUGUCUCCAUGCUUUUGUGAAUUAUUAAUUAAUAUUUUAAGGGCAGAUCCAUAACAAUGACAAAUGAAAAUAUUUGACCAAAAUUUGAAGCAUCAGUCAUUUAGAAACCAAAUGGGCUGUCACAAAAGCAAGUAUACCGGUAUUCAUAUUAAAGGCAGACUCUGUCAAAAGCAAUUAAAAGUUGGUACGGCCAUGAAAGAAAUGUAUAUGAUGAGAUCUAUACUAUGUGAGCACCAUAGGAAGAGAAGAAAAUGUUCCUGGCCCAAAAAGUGGUCAUACCAGCUAUACCACUUCCGACACCCCUGAAAAGUGAAGACAUUAAAUUAAAGUAUAUCUUAAUAUUAAUAAAAAUAUUAAUUUGGAACUACAUACAGUCAAACCGGCCUCGGUGGCGUCGUGGCAGGCCAUCGGUCUACAGGCUGGUAGGUACUGGG